AUGUUGACCUGUAACCAUCCAGUUCCGCCGGAUCGGUACAACGAUCGAGUGGAGGAGCAUUUACGAGUUACUGGAUUCUACCAUGCAUCUCAAAUUGGUGUCGUACAAAAUCAGAAAGCACUCGUGAAUGCUCUAAUCGAACGCUGGCACCCUGAUACACAUACGUUUCACCUUCCAAUUGGUGAAUGUGCCGUAAGUCUUGAAGAUGUUGCUCUAAUUCUUGGUCUUCCGACGGAUGGUCUUACAAUUACUGGGAUGACAAUGAGUAGUUUCUCAGCGUUGGAGGCGGAGUGUUUGCAUCAGUUUGGAGUUGCACCGCGUAAGUCGGAGUGUAGAGGAUGCUGCAUAAAACUGACUUGGCUGCAGGAUCUAAAAGAAAACAUUCAGUUGACUGAUGAAAUAAGUAUACAGAGUAUUGGACAGUAUAGUUGGGGAUCGGCAUGCCUAGCACACCUCUACAGGGCGUUAUGCAGGGCAUCUCGUUAUAACUGUAAAGAAAUGGAUGGUCCAAUAACACUUCUGCUCGGUUGGGCUUGGAUCCGACUGCCAUAUCUAUCGCCGCUUCCUAGGGAACCCCACAGUUUUCCACUAGCCAACAGGUAA